AUGACGGAAGAGAGCAGGGGCAAGCGGAGGAAACAAGCCAACCCCAGGAGGAACCGAGUCUUUUUUGUCUCCCCUAAAUUGUGUCUUUUUUCUGUUUUUGUCCUCCUCACAGUGGAUGCUGAGCAAGUGAGUUCACUGGGAUCUGAGGGGGAGGAUGAGGUGGGCCUGUGGAGCCUGGAGCCCCAGGACUGCCAGGAGAGCCUGGACAAGACAAGCUUGACACCGAGCGAGGGCACGGAGGAGCCUGUUAGCCCUGCUCGCUCCACGCGGCUGCACAGCCUCAGCCCCGGCAGCAGGAGCUACUGGCCGCAGGUGGAGCAGGAGGCCGAGGCCGCAGAAGACGCCACCGCCACAUCUACCAAUGACAGGGAGGGAGACCAGGAUCCUUUGAGGAUGUACUGCAAGAACUCAGACUCCCAAAAUGCAUUGGAGGACCUGGCCCACUAUAGAUUUCUGGCCCAGUUGAGGAAGGCCUCUACCUCAGCCAGUCUCUUGGACCACCUGAACCACAAUGGCUCGGCAGCGGUGUACCACCCGGGAAGCAGUCACGAGGAGCUGCCACCUGCCAUCUGGUCACCAGGUGCUCAGCACCACUCACCCGAGGGAGCAGAUGCGGGCAGGACCCAGCAGGCAUGUCCAUUUUGCCACAGAAUGUAUCAGCGAGGAGCCUCUUUGAGGGACCACAUCAAGUACUGUCAGGAGAGGGAUGGGGGCCACAUGGUCUGCCCGCUCUGUGGAUACACUGCCACCCUUAGGGCACAGAUGGAGCGGCACCUCGCUUUUCAUAACCAAGUGCAGGACAAGAGUGUCAUCACUUUGGAUCAAGGCAUUGAGACCAGGAAGUUCAAAUGUCUGCAGUGUGGGAAAGCAUUCAAGUACAAACACCACCUCAAAGAGCAUCUACGCAUCCACAGCGGUGAGAAACCUUACGAGUGCUCCAACUGCAAGAAACGUUUCUCUCACUCGGGCUCCUACAGCUCCCACUUAAGCAGCAAAAAGUGCCUGAGUGGCGGAGGAAAUGGAGGGGGAAAUGCAGGAGGAGCCAGCGGUGCAUUUAAUGGACUUAGCCAAAGCUCCUACCACCACUCAUUUCCAACAUCUCCCUCUGCAGGUGUGGGCAAGAACAGUACUGACAAGGGCUCCCUGUUGGCUUCACAGACCCAAGAUCUUACCGGGCUUCUAUGUGGAGUCCCAGAGGACCCUCACCAGCUUUCCCUACAGGACCCCAACCACAACCCCGCCAGAGCGUCAGACCUGGCUCGGCUUUGGGACCCCUCAACAGAGCUCUCUCUGAGGGCCAGUAUCCUAAAGGGGACCACCCUGCUGCCUUAUCUGCACUCUGGGACCAAGUUUGAACAGAUGCUGCAGGAGAUGCUUCACAGGGAGGUGAGGAAAGAGGAGGAGAUGGACAUAGGAGUAGGAGGAGCUGCAAUGGAGGAAAGGAAGGUGAUUUACAAUGAAGGAGGGCCUGACAGGAAGGUGUCGCCUGACAGGAGAAGAGAAGCAGGGAGGUCAGGUGAAGGGAUGACGUGUCGUUGGUGCUCCCAGAUUUUCCCCAAUGUGGCGGUGCUCCUGCAGCACGAGCGUUACCUCUGCAAGAUGAACCGAGAAGCGAUGGAGGUGCCCGAGGGUCUCCGCAGCAAUGACCAUCCCUUGCCACCGUUGUUCUUCCCCAGAUCUGCUCUCCAACUAGAGAACAGCAAACCGAGUGAAGUAGCCAACAAGUCUGGAAACAAAUCCCCAUUGCAGAAGCCCAGCUGGCACUCUUUACCGCAGCAGCUUUUGGUGGCAAUGUACUCUCCCCCACAGCCCCACCAUGAUGCCCCCUCCUCUCAAGCGUACUGCUCCAGCCAGGAAAAGGGAAGCCCAAGCCAACCAAUGAACCACUCCCCAGAGCUGUCAUCACCUCGGGUCAGAAGGAGGGUUCCCUCUUCAGGUUUCGGUUCUCCAGUCUGCCUGGACCUCCCCAGCUGUCCUCCUGAACUGGCCUCCCCUAAGAACCUGGCCAGCAGCCCCUGGUCUGCACAGAACGAGCCUCUGGACCUCUCCCUGCCCAAGCAGCUCUCAGACAAGCAGGGGAGGAACAAAACUAUGAAUGGCAACUCAGCCAGAGGAGAGAGGAGGGAGCACGGGACCCAGCAGCUCAAGAGACCGAGUCCAACGUCACACCUCUCCCUUCACCACCAUCCGGUCUACAGUGGGGCCGGAGCUCAUAUGUUUCCAGGUUCCUUAUAUAAUGGAUUUCCUAUCUUCAACCAGUCUGGUUUAGGGCUUUCAGGUCCUGAUGGCAUCACAGCGAUUCCUUUCAGCCAGACAGCUAGUAGCCCAGGGUUUCUCUCUCCUCUGGCUUACAUGAUGGAUGCAGACGCAGAGGCGACCAUGAAAAAGCUCCACCAGGAGAGACAAGCUCUCAAUGGUGAGAAAGUGUUGAGCCACGGAGCUCUAGACUACCUCUCCCUCAUGGAUGAAGGACUGGAGGGAGAAGGGGGGUCCCGGGAGAAAAGACUGAAGAAGACCGAUGAGGGGCUUUACGCUUGCGACAUUUGUGAAAAAACUUUUCAGAAGAGCAGCUCUCUGCUCCGACACAAAUACGAGCACACAGGUAAGCGUCCUCACGAGUGCAAGAUCUGCAACAAGGCCUUUAAGCAUAAGCACCAUCUGAUUGAGCACAGCCGACUGCACUCUGGAGAGAAACCCUACCAAUGUGACAAGUGUGGCAAACGCUUCUCUCACUCCGGCUCAUACUCACAGCACAUGAACCACCGCUAUGCCUACUGCAGCAAAGACCAGGAUCCAGACCAAGAUAACGAGGAAAUGCCUUUCCCCCCAGGGGCGGGCAGAAAUAUCGAGGGCUGCCUCGCCGAUGAGACCCCUCUGUCCAUGGAGGACACUCAGACGGCGCACUCCUUCCUCAGCGAUUCCAGUCUGGAUGGAGCUGCAGAGGCCCUCAAGGAGGAGGAAGAAGAAGAGGAGGAUAAAGACGCAGGGGUUAGUGAUGGUCAUGUGGAAAAGGCACUAGUGGGUUUGUCAGGGGUAGAAGAGGAGCUGAGAGGAAGCCCCAUCCUUGGAUCACCUACAGUGGAGAAUGGAGUGCAAAACGAGAGAAAUGGUUAUGAUGUGGGAAACCACAUUGGCAAAGCAGAGAGACAAUUCUGGGACAGAGUCACUGAGGGCCAGAAUGCAGACUUGGACAACUGUGAACUUAGCCUGGAUUUAACAGAAUUGCCCAGAAUAAAAACUUAAUGUGACUUCAACAAGUCAAUAAAAUGCAUAUAUUAUCUAUAUAUAUAUAUUAAGAAUUUUUGAUACACUUUUUCUUUCAUGUGUAUAUAUAUAUAUAAAACUAACAAAAAAAAAAUUACAUGAGAAA